AUGUCGGCACCACCCUCCGGUAUCCCCUCCAACUACGCGGGUCCGUCGACCGGCUCAUUGACUGCUUGCCUCCUAUGCCUACCCAAUGCUAGUCCUGUACUGACACUGUCGACACGUCCUGUGCACCAUUCUAGACAUCAUCGCUUCGCGCGAGGAAAAGAUCCGGCAAUCGUGGAUCAACGUUAUGGAGGCGCGCUUGGUGCGAGAGGAGCUGCAAAAGUGCUGGCGCACCGAGGGCGUGAACCACUACGAGCAAUGCUACGACCUGACGCAAAAGUACCUCACCUUAUUGAGGACGAGCAAGGUUCGUUUGCCUGAGGUUGGGAUCGGACUCGCUUGCGUCGCAAAGGACCGCGCGUGCUUCGUUCGGUUUGAGGGGGUGCGAUGCUGACGAGAUCCUUUGAUGACACUUUGAUAGAUCGAGGGCUUCAGGAAACUCGAUUUCGAGUCAUGA